ACUUCCUGUCUGAUCUCUAUGAUCCAUCCUGUUGCGACGGGCGAAGUUCCUAAAGUUUUCAAUUUACAGUAAACAAAAGAGACCUGCUCCAACCCGGAAGUGAAAACUGGAGCCUGACCUGAGUGGCUUCCAGCGCCGGCCGACCGGAAGAAGGCAGAAAGGAAGCUGCAGCCAUGGCUGUGGCUGUGGCCGCGGCGGGAGUCUUUAUCGCCUCGGAGCCAGGCCCCGCGGAAGAACUCGCCAAACUUGAGUAUCUGUCUUUGGUGUCGAAGGUUUGCACCGAGCUGGAUAACCACUUGGGGAUCAACGACAAGGACCUAGCUGAAUUUGUGAUCAGCCUUGCUGAGAAAAAUACUACCUUUGAUACUUUUAAGACUUCGUUGGUCAAAAAUGGUGCAGAAUUCACAGAUUCUCUUAUUAGUAACCUUCUGCGUCUCAUACAAACCAUGCGACCUCCAGCAAAGCCUUCUGCUAGCAAAGAUCCAGUUGUUAAGCCAAAAACCGAAAAAGAAAAGCUGAAGGAACUUUUCCCAGUCCUUUGCCAGCCAGACAACCCUUCCGUUCGGACCAUGCUGGAUGAGGAUGACGUGAAGGUUGCUGUGGAUGUYUUAAAAGAACUGGAAGCUUUAAUGCCCAGUGCAGCAGGCCAGGAGAAGCAAAGAGAUACUGAGCACCGGGACAGGACAAAAAAGAAGAAGCGWAGUCGAAGCCGAGACCGUGACCGUGAUCGUGACAGAGAACGAGAUAGAGAGCGAGACAGAGACCACAAGCGGAGACAUCGAUCCCGUUCUCGAUCACAUUCUAGGACCCGGGAGAGGAAUAAAGGAAAGUCUAGAUAUCGGUCCAGGAGUAGAAGUCAGAGUCCCCCCAAAGACAGGAAGGACCGUGACAAGUAUGGGGAGAGAAAUCUGGACAGAUGGCGGGAUAAACAUGUGGACCGCCCACCCCCUGAAGAACCUGCCAUCGGGGACAUAUACAAUGGCAAAGUUACCAGCAUCAUGCAAUUUGGAUGCUUUGUGCAGCUGGAGGGACUAAGGAAGCGAUGGGAAGGCCUGGUGCACAUCUCUGAGCUCCGGCGGGAAGGCCGUGUGGCCAAUGUGGCUGAUGUGGUGAGCAAAGGCCAGAGGGUCAAGGUCAAAGUGCUGUCCUUCACAGGGACCAAGACCAGCCUGAGCAUGAAGGAUGUAGAUCAAGAGACUGGAGAAGAUCUAAACCCAAAUCGACGUCGAAAUUUGGUUGGGGAGACCAAUGAAGAGACCUCAAUGCGGAAUCCAGAUAGACCCACUCACCUUUCCCUUGUCAGUGCCCCUGAAGUAGAGGAUGACUCACUGGAGCGCAAGCGCCUCACCCGCAUCUCUGAUCCAGAGAAGUGGGAGAUCAAACAGAUGAUUGCUGCCAAUGUUCUUUCCAAAGAAGAGUUUCCAGACUUUGAUGAAGAGACUGGCAUUCUCCCUAAGGUGGAUGAUGAAGAAGAUGAGGACCUUGAGAUCGAACUGGUUGAGGAAGAGCCUCCAUUCCUGAGAGGGCACACCAAGCAAAGCAUGGAUAUGAGCCCCAUUAAAAUCGUUAAGAACCCAGAUGGCUCCCUCUCCCAAGCAGCCAUGAUGCAGAGUGCCUUGGCCAAGGAAAGGCGGGAACUCAAGCAGGCCCAGCGUGAAGCUGAGAUGGAUUCUAUUCCCAUGGGACUCAAUAAACACUGGGUUGAUCCUCUGCCUGAUGCGGAAGGCAGGCAGAUUGCUGCCAAUAUGAGGGGGAUUGGGAUGAUGCCCAAUGACAUUCCAGAGUGGAAGAAGCAUGCCUUUGGGGGCAACAAAGCUUCUUAUGGAAAAAAGACCCAGAUGUCAAUCCUUGAGCAGAGGGAGAGCCUGCCCAUCUACAAACUGAAGGAGCAACUGGUUCAGGCUGUACAUGACAACCAGAUCCUGAUUGUUAUUGGAGAGACAGGGUCUGGAAAGACAACACAGAUCACCCAGUACCUGGCAGAGGCAGGCUACACUUCCAGGGGCAAGAUUGGGUGUACUCAGCCCAGAAGAGUGGCAGCCAUGUCUGUGGCCAAAAGAGUGUCGGAGGAGUUUGGUUGUUGCUUAGGUCAAGAGGUGGGCUACACCAUUCGGUUUGAGGACUGCACCAGUCCUGAAACAGUCAUCAAAUACAUGACAGACGGUAUGUUGCUCAGAGAGUGCCUGAUUGACCCUGACCUAACUCAGUAUGCAAUCAUCAUGCUGGACGAGGCACAUGAGAGGACAAUUCACACCGAUGUGCUCUUUGGAUUGUUGAAAAAGACAGUUCAAAAACGGCAGGACAUGAAACUGAUUGUCACGUCAGCUACCUUGGAUGCAGUGAAAUUUUCUCAGUACUUCUAUGAAGCUCCUAUCUUCACCAUCCCAGGUCGAACAUACCCAGUGGAAAUAUUGUACACAAAGGAACCUGAGACAGAUUAUCUGGAUGCGAGCCUGAUUACUGUCAUGCAGAUCCACUUAACUGAGCCACCAGGUGAUAUCUUGGUUUUCUUGACUGGUCAGGAAGAGAUUGAUACUGCUUGUGAAAUCCUGUAUGAAAGAAUGAAAUCACUAGGACCUGAUGUUCCAGAAUUAAUUAUCCUCCCAGUGUACUCUGCUCUUCCCAGUGAGAUGCAGACCAGAAUAUUUGACCCAGCUCCUCCUGGCAGCAGAAAGGUCGUGAUUGCCACCAACAUUGCAGAGACAUCACUAACUAUUGAUGGCAUCUAUUAUGUCGUGGACCCUGGAUUUGUGAAACAGAAAGUUUAUAAUUCCAAGACAGGGAUUGAUCAACUUGUGGUGACACCUAUUUCUCAGGCUCAGGCAAAACAACGAGCUGGCAGAGCUGGGAGAACUGGCCCAGGGAAGUGUUAUAGGCUAUAUACGGAACGUGCCUACCGAGAUGAAAUGCUGACCACUAAUGUGCCAGAAAUCCAGAGAACCAACUUAGCAAGCACAGUACUGUCCCUCAAGGCCAUGGGCAUCAAUGACCUGCUGUCAUUUGACUUCAUGGAUGCCCCACCAAUGGAAACCUUGAUUACAGCCAUGGAGCAGCUAUACACCCUGGGGGCCUUGGAUGAUGAGGGCCUGCUCACUCGCCUGGGCCGCAGGAUGGCAGAAUUCCCCUUGGAGCCAAUGCUGUGCAAAAUGCUCAUCAUGUCUGUGCAUCUGGGGUGCAGUGAGGAAAUGCUGACCAUCGUGUCCAUGCUGUCUGUGCAGAACGUCUUCUACAGGCCCAAGGAUAAGCAAGCCCUCGCAGAUCAAAAGAAAGCCAAAUUCCAUCAGACAGAAGGGGACCACCUUACCCUGUUGGCUGUGUACAACUCCUGGAAGAACAACAAAUUCUCCAACCCUUGGUGCUACGAGAACUUUAUCCAGGCUCGUUCCCUGCGCCGGGCCCAGGACAUUCGCAAACAGAUGUUAGGCAUAAUGGAUAGACAUAAACUGGAUGUGGUCUCCUGUGGCAAAUCCACAGUUCGAGUGCAGAAGGCCAUCUGCAGUGGUUUCUUCCGUAAUGCUGCCAAAAAAGACCCACAGGAGGGUUACCGGACGCUGAUUGACCAGCAGGUGGUCUACAUCCACCCUUCCAGUGCUCUCUUCAACAGACAGCCAGAAUGGGUGGUGUACCAUGAGUUGGUGCUGACCACGAAAGAGUAUAUGCGUGAGGUCACCACUAUUGAUCCCCGGUGGCUUGUGGAGUUUGCCCCAGCCUUCUUCAAGGUCUCUGACCCAACCAAACUAAGCAAGCAGAAGAAGCAGCAGCGUCUUGAACCAUUGUACAACCGUUAUGAGGAGCCCAAUGCUUGGAGAAUAUCCCGGGCCUUCCGGCGGCGCUGACAGGCAAGCUUGUCUAUUUGCCUCUUCUAUAGCAGUGGCCCAGGACUUGGACUUCCUCUUACCGAUGAAAAACUGGUCCUGAAUGUACAGCUGUCCUGUGACUGCAUUUGCUAAACUUGACUUUCAUUUCUUUCUUGGUGGUAAGAUAGAAACCAGGAUUUAAGUCUGGUGUUGGCUGGAUCCUCUAGCCCCCAUCACUCCCAAGUCUUGGGGCCAGAGAGUCAGGGGCUUAUACCCAGCAUAGCACACAAUGCAUCAUCUUCAAGAAAGGGACAACUUGUUCAGCCUUGAAAUGGGAAAAGGGAGUGAAUGAAUGUCUGAUACAUGCCACAGCUACAGAGGACCCUGAUGCCCCAGCUGAUGCUCCCUAGAAGAGAGAGCCAUAAUGCUCAUCUACAGUGUCGACCUCACUGCCUGCCUCCUCCCCAGCUCCUGUACUCUGGCUUAACCUUCUGGAAAUAUUUAUUUUCUUAAGGAAA